AUGAAGAAGCUUCUGGAACGAAUUGGGGCGUUGGGUGAAACUGUUUCUUCCUCUCCUUCACGAACGCGGCGCCGCCGGUCUCUCACCCUCCGAUUUCCAUCGUCUCAACCUCUUCCGAUCCAGUUGCGAUUUCUUCCCUCCGAUGUCGUCACUUCCUCGCCGCCGUCCGUUACGCGUUGCUCCGUCUCAUACUCUCGUCGAUUCAGUGCCUCCGUGUGCUUCCGUUCAUUCAUCUUCUUCGACGAACCGCAACCGUUUCUAUUCGUCACUCCAGCAUAUCCGGAAGAAUUGUUCGGUGCUUCAGCGAUGCUGAUCAGCGAUAGAAACCCAAGAAAUCUUGCUCCAGAUGAAGAAGAUGCAGAGAUACAGUGA